GGUCCUUGGGCUGAAGCUUAAGGCGUACGGCAGGGAAGGCAGGGUCCUUCUCUGAGGCAGUCGCGCAGGCACCGGCUGCGGGUAGCCGGUCACCGGGCGUCAUGUAUUACAAGUUUAGUGGCUUCACGCAGAAGUUGACUGGAACAUGGGCUUCCGACGCUUACAGCCCUCAGGGAUUAAGGCCUGUGGUUUCCACAGAAGCACCGCCUAUUAUAUUUGCCACACCCACCAAACUGAGUUCUGAUUUUACUGCAUAUGAUUAUGCUGGGAAGAACAAAGUUCCUGAGCUGCAGAAGCUUUUCCAGAAGUCCGACGGUGUGCCCAUCCACCUGAAACGAGGCCUGCCUGACCAAAUGUUGUACCGGACCACCAUGGCGCUGACAGUGGGAGGGACCAUCUACUGCCUGAUUGCUCUCUACAUGGCUUCGCAGCCCAAAAACAAAUGAGUUAGGCUGCAGAGGACUGGUUUGCUUUUUGGCAUAAACCCUUUGAAUUUUCAUUUUUCAUUGUUGUGUAAACAUUUUCUUUUUUACUUGAAUGGUUUACUUAACAUUUUCCCAGAAAAAUAGAUAUUAAGGCCGUAUUUUGGUUUGUUUAUGAAAUGCACAUGGUCCAUCAGAGCUCAUUGGAUAGUUAAGACUAUUGUUUAAAGAAAUGCUGCUGCUCUUUGAGCUCCUGAUUUCCCUGGAGGUUCUGGAUGAAGGUUGCACACAGGCUCAUUAACAGCAGUCUGUGCGGAGAUCCUUAGGGACUUAUGGUGGUGUUUUUGAGCAUGGGGUGCAGAAGCCUUUCUGGAUUUGGAUGUGACUGAGGAAGGAAGACAGAAGCCAAGGCCAGGAGCAUGAAACAGGAGUUUGAGUUAGUAGACACCUUAGGGAUUUUUCCUUCUGUGACAAAAUGUUAAGAAAAAUUAUUUGUUGCCUGCCUCUAUUCAUCGGGCAGUUUGUUUCCAAGGGUUAUUUGCCUCAUCUCCGAUCACUAGUGAAAUUUUAUUGUAAUUGUUAUGUAUUUAUUCCACCUUGGGAACAGAGAACACCUGUUUAGUGUUGCACUUUAGAGCAGUGUGUUUUAUUAAUGCAGCUGUGACACAGAUUCUCCUUUACCUUUUCAAAAUGUUAUGGCUUUAAAUUGUAAUUUAUUUUGAAUGUGGAAUAAAUACAUGAAUGAAAAAUAUAAA